AUGGGCCAUACGAAAGAAUCGCGCGCGGUGGCGAAUUCGGACAACACACCCUUUAUCCGCAAUGUACCCGUGCGUCUCAACGCAUCAAGUUUAGGGUCAGGAGGCGCUCUGGGGCUCUCGCACACGGAGGGUACCGCUUCACCUGUCGGUGCGCCUAUCGAUCAUGGACAGGAAACGCAAGAUCCGAAGCUCGUCGCACUUACUACGACGUUAUCGAGUCUGCAGCGGACUCUGGACAGUGUAUAUGAAGCUUUCUCAGACGCAGAUGACGCAUCCCGCCGAGCCGCGGAUGAGGUUGACAGGUAUACCAAGAGUCUUGAAAGUGCCGCAUCCGGUGAAGAGAUACUGCCAUUACUCGCGCGGAUUGUGCAGGGCAGCCGGGUGCGCACCGGCGUGGAACAGGACUAUACGCCUCAGAUCGUAGCGCCACCGGCCACCUCGCGGGACCCGACGACCUCAACCGCGCAUUCAGUAGCCGACUUAUACCCCUCGUUUCAACCAAUGUCUCGGCGGGCACCUUUGCACUUACGGUUCAAUGCGGAACCCGAGCGAACGAUGCUUGUCACACAACCUCUAUCGGCGUCGCGCCGUGGUUUUAUGAUGCAUCGGCGGGUCAGCGCACAGGAAGACGGAGAACUCGCGGAGGGUGACCCCGUCCUCGCGUCCCCUCUGAGUGAACACAUUUAUCGAUUUGUUUCAAUACGAAGACCACCUGCUGAUCUCGGGACACAGAUGGGAGGGUCAUUCCCCGUGGCCAUGGUUGAUUCGUAG